AUGGACUCCCCCGUGGCCUCCGUCGGCGAGAAGCAGGUCGUGUCCAGGGAUUCUGACAAUGGCGUUUCUUCUCCUGAAAAGCAGGUUUCAACGACCACGUCCGUGCUUGUUGCCGACAACGGCACCAACGGCAACCAUGACGAUGCCGCCUCGACCAUCAGUGUCGGCGGGCGCACCAAGAAAGUACCCAUGAAGGUCAAGCUCGUGUCGGUGGUGCUCGUGUCGCUCAUCGGCUUUGGCGCACACUGGAGCAGCGGCAUUACGGGCGCCAUGAAGUCGGCGCUCAAAAAGGGCAUGGGCAUCAACAACACGCAGUACGCCCUGUUGGACGCCACAGACAACUUUAUCAAGUCGGUGCUCAUCCUCGCCACGGGCCUCUACACGGACCGCCUGGGCGGGGCCAGCACGCUCGUCUGGGGCAACCUGCUGUUCACGGCCGGGUCGGUGCUGGUGGCGGCGGCGACGACGACGCGCAAUUUCCAGUUCAUGCUGGGCGCGAUGGUGAUCCAGUCGCUGGGCGACGUGGCGACGCAGGUGGCGCAGUACAAGGUGUUCGCGUCGUGGUUUGCGCCGUCGGACGGGUUUGCGUCCACGCUGGGCUUCGAGCUGGGCCUGGGCAAGAUCGGGUCCUUUGUCGGGCAGAUCUCGGCCAACGUCAUUGCGGAGCGCCUCGGCGACUUCAGCUGGACGUUUUGGAUGUCGGUGGUCAUGAACGUCUUCACCAACCUGGCGACCGUCGUCUUCUACCUAUUUACGCGCUGGUGUGCGCGGCACUACAGCAGCACGGGCAAGACGGACCCGGCGACGGGCGAGGUGCUGACCGAGCGGACCCGGCGGCUCGCGUGGUCCAAGGUGGUGCGGCUGCCGUGGCCGUUCUGGGGCGUCAUCGCCUUCACGCUGUGCCAGACGACGGCCGCGUCCGUGUUCGGCACGAACGCCACCGAGCUGGCCGAGCAGCGGUUCCACGUGUCGUCCAUCCGCGCCGGCUUCUACGCGGCCCUCACCCAGUACAUGGGCUUCUUCCUGGUGCCGCUGCUGGGCCUCUUCAUCGACGUCUACGGCCACCGCCUGAACGUCAUGUGUGUCUGCGGCACGGGCAUGUUCCUCUCCAUGUCGCUCAUCCUGUGGAGCAGCUCCAUGGCCGGCACCGCGGCGGGCUUUGGGUUCUAUGCCUUUGCCGUCUCGCUCGGCCCCACCGUCAUUAUCGACGCCAUCCGCACCAGCCUGUGGUAUCAGGAGGUCUUUGGCUCUGCGUAUGCCGUCAAGAUCUGUGUCAACAACGCCAUGAACAUCAUCAUGCGCAUUGUCACGGGGGUGAUCCAGGACCACGACAACGACACGUACAACCACGUCGUCAUUGUCUAUGCCGCCCUGGCGGCCGGCGCGGUUGUGGUCGGCCUGUCGCUUGUCGCCUUGGCCCUGCCGUGGGCGAGUCCUGGCAGCCUGGGCCGGUUGCAGUGGACCCGCAAGCAGCGCUUCGCCCGUGGCGCCGCCAUCAAUGCCCAGCGUGAGGCCUUUGAGACAAAUUCCCGCGCCGGUGCGAACCGUCAGCUGAGCCUCGCCUUGUUUGGUGCUCUCUCUCUUUUGACGGUCGGCGCAUGGGUGUGCUACUUCUGGGGCGUGGCCACAGGCCACAACGAUUAG